AUGCGAUUAUCGAUGACCUCAAGGAUGCUAUCAAAAAAAAAGACACAUCCCCAGUUCGAGAACUUUGCAUCAUUUGAACUCACAUUAUGGAAAGUGAAUAUUUCUUUCGAUUCACCAAACGAUAAACGAAAUGCUCUUGAGGCUGAUCCUAAAGCCGACAUCACGACUAAGCUGGGAGGUGAAGAACUGUCAUCUUUGGAUAGUAUUAAUGAACACUUUGAUAAGCCCGUAAAAAAGCAUGUCAAUGUUAUUGUCGAAGUUCCUGCUUCCUUUACACCUCCAUACUACUAUAUUACACAAGAUGCAAUAACCAAAAUUCAUGAAAUUCACAAUAAACUUUUUCACCAAACUAUUGAGACUUUAUCCAUCUCUAAAAUCAAUACUGAGACCUACCAACUUUUGAUGAACCAUCUUAAGCUUAAAAUCGAAACGGCCGACUUCGAUAAUAUUCUUAUUCACAGUAAUGUAUCAUCACCAGCGUUCGAAUGGAAAGAUGAGUCAGAACUGGCCCAUAAAGAUGAAUAUUUAGGAUGGCUACGUGACAAUAACUUAUUAAAUUUAUAUAAAAACCCCUUGUUACCGUUUAAUGUUCAUGGUGGAACUGACAUAGUGGCUGUAGAUGAAGGUGGUGUCGCAAUAGAUUUGGUCCCAGAAAGUAUUUAUGCAGUCCUACAGUUGAAGAAAAAAAUUGAAAGAAAACAUAUGAUGCAAGUCGUUUUAGAAAUGGUAGUUGCUGAUAUAUUUACCUCUGAUAGGAGAACCGUUUUUGGAAUUUUAUCAGACCUUAGAAAUGAUUGGCGCAUUUACUGGUUAGAAAGUGAUAGGAAAAUAAAGGCUUGGAAAGCACCAAGUCGAGAUAUUGCAGUUUAUGUGAUAAGCACACUUUUAUGUGAGAGUAGUUCUAAAGAUAAUAGAGAGGAUACAUUGCCUAUCAUUCCGGCCGCAAAACGUGUCAAAUUGGUUACUUUAUUUCAAAUGGAUGAGGAUUACGAUAUUGCUCGGAUGGAAGAUGUAUAUGAUGUUAUGUCAAAGGAGGAAAUCUUGCAUCAUAAAAUUGGAAUUGCUGUAGAAAUGAUUAAAAAUACUCCUUCCUUUUCAUCAAUGUUUGAAUAA